AUCUCUCUCCCACCGUGAGCUAUCUCUCUCGCACUUACAGAUAUCCCAUAAGAGAAACUGGGAUCAAGUUAUAGCUUUUAUUAUUAAACUUUCAAAGCUCGCGUUUGUUUUUAACCGUACCAGACGUAUGCUGCUGGCACUUAUGUAUCUUAGAAUUUAAUAUUUCUAUUGUAAUAUUUAAAUAAUCACUUAUUUCGGAGCUAGAUUUUAGCAGCGUUACGUGGUGGAUUUUUUCGGAACUACAGCUGAAGAUUCACCUUCAGUGCAAGACUCGAACCCAUUCCUCAGGCGGUCAGGCCUCAGUUGCUGUGCAGUUAAGGCCUCCUCUGCAAGUCUGUGCAUUGAUCGGCUACCAUGUUCAACGCGCUGAGUAGGACGGCCACCGGGGUUUUGAAGGCGGUGAAACCCGUCUUAAACCCCCAAUUUAUUCAAAAUGAAGCGGUUAAAGUUGCUGCAUCAGUUUCUGCAAACUAUGCUACGCAACCGAAAGCAGCACCUGCUGCUGGCAAGGGCAAAGUUGUUGCCGUUAUUGGUGCCGUCGUUGACGUCCAAUUCGAUGGAGACCUGCCUCCAAUUCUAAAUGCUCUUGAAGUCGCCAACAGAUCACCUAAGCUUGUCCUGGAAGUUGCUCAGCAUUUGGGAGAAAGUACUGUACGAACGAUUGCUAUGGAUGGUACUGAGGGUUUGGUGAGAGGUCAGGAGGUUGCUGAUACUGGUUACCCUAUCAGGAUUCCUGUCGGAGCCGAAACUCUCGGCAGAAUUAUCAAUGUUAUUGGUGAACCCAUUGAUGAAAGGGGCCCCAUUCCAACAGACAAAGUAGCUCCCAUCCAUGCUGAGGCGCCAGAAUUUGUAGAAAUGAGUGUCGAGCAAGAAAUUUUAGUAACUGGUAUCAAAGUUGUAGAUUUACUUGCUCCGUAUGCCAAGGGAGGAAAAAUUGGUCUAUUCGGUGGCGCUGGUGUUGGAAAAACUGUACUGAUUAUGGAACUAAUUAACAACAUUGCCAAAGCCCAUGGAGGUUACUCAGUCUUUGCUGGUGUCGGAGAACGGACCCGUGAAGGGAAUGACUUAUAUCAUGAAAUGAUUGAAACAGGUGUCAUUUCUUUGAAGGAUAAGUCAUCCAAGGUCGCUUUAGUGUACGGACAGAUGAAUGAACCCCCUGGUGCACGUGCCCGAGUUGCAUUAACUGGGCUCACUGUGGCUGAAUAUUUCCGAGAUCAAGAAGGACAAGAUGUACUACUUUUCAUCGACAACAUUUUUAGGUUCACUCAAGCUGGUUCAGAGGUAUCUGCUCUGUUGGGUCGUAUUCCUUCUGCUGUCGGUUAUCAACCAACCUUGGCCACCGAUAUGGGUACUAUGCAGGAACGAAUUACCACAACUAAAAAGGGAUCUAUCACAUCAGUACAGGCCAUAUAUGUGCCUGCCGAUGAUUUGACUGACCCUGCCCCUGCCACCACCUUCGCUCAUUUGGAUGCUACCACUGUGUUGUCCCGAGCCAUCGCUGAGCUGGGCAUCUACCCUGCUGUAGAUCCCCUUGACUCAACCUCUCGUAUCAUGGACCCUAACAUUAUUGGAGCAGAGCAUUAUAAUGUAGCUCGAGGUGUCCAAAAGAUCCUUCAGGACUACAAAUCACUCCAAGAUAUCAUCGCCAUCUUGGGUAUGGAUGAACUGUCAGAAGAAGAUAAAUUAACUGUUGCCCGAGCUAGGAAGAUCCAGAGGUUCUUGUCCCAGCCUUUCCAAGUUGCUGAAGUUUUCACUGGUCACCCUGGAAAACUUGUCCCUCUUGAAGAAACUGUCAAGGGAUUUUCCAAAAUUUUGAAAGGAGAAUAUGAUCACCUACCAGAAGUUGCUUUCUACAUGGUUGGACCCAUCGAGGAAGUCGUUCAGAAAGCUGAAACACUAGCAAAGAAUGCCUAAGUUAACUAAUUUUAGAUCCACCUAGAAUCAUGAGCUCUUAAUUGAUUAACUUUUAAAUUAUUCUAAAAUAAUAAUUUUUUAUAUGUUCGGUCUGCUUAUUCGUAAGAAACUGAAACGAAAACAUCUGCUCGAAAAAAAGUUGCAAAUUUUGCUCCAUGGUUUAAUUAAUUGUUCCAGUUUUGUCAUUUACUCUGAGAUAAAGAACACAAUGUAUUCCCCGAGAUUGUAUUCUUUUGAUGUAACUCUAAGGAAUUUGUUCCAAUCUAGUUGCCUUUGGCACUAAAUAAAUGUUAAUUUUUAAAUAUUGUUGUUUCAUUUUCUCCACGUACUUGUUAAGUUAAACAUGAUCAGUAAUUAUGACUGCAACUUUUUGUAUGAUGGAUCUCUGUUAUCUAUACACACUGUAGAUUAUGCUGCUAAAUUCUGCAGCCAACAAGUAAACAAGAUCAUAAGUAGAAUUGUUCAUUAGAGCAUUUUACUCUGUUGCCUAAUGUAAAUAAUUUCAAAAAUUAAAAAGCGGACCACAUGGGGGUUUUUGCAUUUUGACUGUAACUUGUCGGAAUAUCCACAAUAAAGUCCAUCUACUUGCUGAAA